CACGCCACACACACACCCCCCCCCCUCCCUUCUCACACACACACACACACACACACACACACACUGCAAUCCAGCGCUAUCAGCGACCGCGCGCAGAAGUCACUGUCCAACUCGUGGUGCCUGCAACUAAAAAGGUGAUGGCGGAGGACAUCCAGGAGAAGCUGCAGAAGUACCGCACGGCGCCCUUCGACGCCCGCUUCCCCAACCAGAACCAGACCAGGAACUGCUGGCAGAACUAUCUGGAUUAUCAUCGCUGCCAGAAAGCGCUGGAGGCCAAAGGGGUGGACGUGGCUCCCUGUGACUGGUACAAAAGAGUCUACAAAUCGCUCUGCCCUGUGUCCUGGAUUGAGAAGUGGGACGGGCAGCGAGAUGAUGGAACGUUCCCCGGGAAGAUAUGAACACCUCUCCACCAAAGAGUGACGUCAUCGUCGGCAUGGGAACCUGAAAACACUUUUUGUUUGUGUGUGUAAACCCGUACCCUGCCGAGUGGGACCGGAACUACAUUUCCCACGAUGCACCUGUGGAUCAGCAGGGCAGGCUGGAUUUUUGUAGUCAUUCCUAAUUAAAGUGAAAAUAUUGUAUUGCAGCUUCUGCAUUAAAUCUCUCAGGCGUUACAGUGA